AUGCCUACCUUCUUUUCCUCCACUUCUCCCUCUUUCUUUAGCCUAUCCUCCGCAUAUUUCCUUCCAAGGACUUUCAAUUCUGACUUAGUCUUUCUCUAUUUUUCUCCUCACUUGAAUUUUUCUAUUUAUUUUCCUUCUUUUUCUUUUCCUUUUGCUUUCUCCGACGUUUUAUUCGUUUCUUUUUCUCUCUUCUUUCCUUUCUCUCACUCUAUUUUUAAUAUAUUUCUUUCUUUUUCCUUAUCCUCUAUCAGAUCAGCCUUCUCUCUAUACCACUUUUCUCUCUCACGCUAUCUCUCGCUCUCUCUCGACAUCUCUAUAUUAUUCUCAGAAUAUUUUUCUCUCUUUUUCCUUAAAAGUUUUCUUUCUUUUCCUUACCCUCCAUCUCAAUACCCUUCUCUCUUUACCUCUUCUCAUUCUCUCUCUCUCUCACCCAGUCUAUUAACAUUUCUAUAUCAUUCUCAGAAUAUUUUUCUCUCUUCUUCCCCAGUCUCAAUACCCUUCUCUCUUUAUAUUUUCUCUCUCUCUCUCUCACUCUCUCGACAACUCUAUAUCAUUCUCAAAAUAUUUUUCUUUCCUUUUCCUUUUCCUACAUCUCACCCGCUUCUCUCCAUUCCUCUUCUCUCUCUCAUUCUCUCAAGACAAAUAUUUUUCUCUCUUCUUCUUGAUCUCACAUCUCAACACAAUUCUCUCUUUACUUCUUUUCUCUCUGUCUCUCUCUUUCUCUCUCUGUCUCUCUCUUCUCCUCUCGGCAUUUCUAUAUCAUUCUCAGAAUAUUUUUCUCUCUUCUUCUUUAUCCAAAACCUCAACACUCUUCUCUCUAUGCCUUUUACCCUCUCUCUUUCUCUCUCUCAGUCACUAUCUCUUGACAUUUCUGCUACAUCCCAACAUGCUUCUCUCUUCCCCUCUUUCUUCUCACCCUCCCGCAUCCUUCUGUCUCUCUCUCACUCUCGACAUUUUUAUUUAAUUAUCAGAAUAUUUUUCUCUCUUCCUCCUCAUUCUCCAUCUCAAUACGCUUCUCUCUUUCAUUCUUACAUCUCUCUAUCUCGCUGA